AUGCUCACAAUCCUUUUCCAUCAGGCUUUGUUUGAAGGGUUCUUCGUUGAUGAGGCGAGAGUAGACAUUUUCGAUGCGACCUUGAUCAACCACUCGCUGAGCUAUCUGGUUAGCCCUCACCGGAUAUGUCACUUCGACGCGCCGGACUCCGUCAAGGCCCUAGGAAAGCCCAUAACGCCCGCCAUAUAUACCCCUUGGAGCCUAAAGCAAAUGUUGGAACUGAUCUUCUUCCUGCCGCUGAACUUGAUCCCCUGGGUUGGGACUCCCGCCUUCAUCCUCAUCACUGGCUCCAGACUCGGCAAACUAGCGCAUUAUCGGUGGUACAAGCUGCGCGGGCUCGACAAGAAGCAUACAAAGGCGGAGAUCCGCAGCCGAUCGUGGGAAUAUCUCUGGUUCGGCACGAUAGGCAUGAUAUUAGAGUUUAUUCCUAUAUUUUCCCUAUUCUUCCUACUCACGACUACCACCGGCGCGGCAAUGCUUGCCGCCAAGUUCGAAGAAGAGUUGCAGGAGCAGGAGUCUGCCGCCGUGACCCGAGAUAGCUCGGCGGCCCAUAGCGUUCCGUCUCAAAAUUCAAGCCAUGAAGAGUAUCACGACUAA